UCCAGGGGUAAAUAAAAUGUGAAGCUGGAUAAGAAGAGAACCUCAAAAACAAUUUGAGAAGUAAGAAUAGAAUAAGUAAGGAAAGAUGAAGCUUGGACCAGAUGGGUCUCUGACUAAGGAUUUGUAUCAGUAGGGAACAGAAGCCACCUUUAUGUCUGUUACUCAGAAAGGGAUUGAAUACAGGGAAUUACACGCUCACACAAUCGUUAGGAGGUUUGGAGGGGUGAGCAUCAGCCCAAGGUUUCAGGAAUGACUCUCAGCACUUCACAGAACGGACUCAUUUUUAGGCAGCCAUUGGAGCCAGAACUUUAAUCCCCAAAUCAGGAGUUUCCUGCCACCUCCCAAACUGCCUCUCAACCUCUCAAAGUGGGAGAAUUAACACUGGAACACACAGUCUUAAAGCUGCUUCUGCUUCGACUGCCUCUAAAAUCCCAGGAACUUAGAGAGUGCUAGCUGCAGGGGACUCCAGGCAAUGCAGUUUUUAGUCUUCCAGACUCUCCUGUAUGGGAAGACCCUCCGGAAGGAUGUAGCCAGCCAGUCAGCCCCACCCACCACCGGCCGGUCCCAGGAUCCCUGGAGGAGAAAUGACUUCCUUUCCAUGUUCCAUGAAGUGACUUUGUCACAAGCAACUCUUGCCAGCCCUCCUCCCCAUCUCCAAUGUCCCCAGGGCUCACAGGACCAAGGUCCCCCAUGGCCUGUCUAUCCCUGGUGUACCAGGCGCCAUCACUGUGUGAACUUGUAUUUGAGCGUGGUGUGUAUGGGGGACUUGUCCUCGCUGUGUCAGUUCUCCAGGAAGUACACAGCGAGAUGGGUCAGUUGGGGUGUAUUUCUACGGAUAAUGAAGAUGAAAACAAUGAGUCUUCGUACGUCAGCCAGGAUCUGCCCCACCGGACUCGUGGGACACGUUGCAGCCUCUGCCUCCAUUCCCGAUCCAGGUGGACAGGCCCAAUUCUACCUCCAGAGCCCACCAACCCUGUUAUGUGGCCCAGAAGACCAGCCUCUUCCCCUGUCAUCUUCUGAGAUCUCUGCUUUUCACUGGGCUUGGUCCGUAGCAGGGUGGAGAAAGGCUGAGCUUUCCUGCCUGUGCACUCUCUCAGAGACAUUCGCUCCCCCUCUGGAGCCUCUGGUUCUGUCGGCAGCCCCUCUCCACAGCCAGAGCCCUGAGUUCUGGUAAGUGUCCCCGUCUCCCGGUCCCCAACAGGCUUAGAGGUGAUAAGGGCCUCUGCUUGUCGCUUAUCUCCAGGGUUUUGCUACAGGUUGUUGGUCUCCUUAAUCCUGUCCUGGCUUUUCUAGAUAGUCUGUCAACUUAAGUAUUUUCGGCGACCCCUUUGAGUGCAUCAUCUCUUUCCCUGGGACCCUGACUAAUGCGAGCAUGGCAAUCCCUCCUAUGGCUACUGCUUUGCAGAUUGUCCAUAAAUUCUGACCAAAACAAUAAAUAAAUUUGAUCCAAAGACAAAAACACUGAAGCAACGAAAUACGCUUAGGAGAAAGUAAAACUACAGGCCAGGAGUAGUAGCUCAUGCCUGUAAUCCUAGCACUCUGGGAGACCCAGAUGGGAGGAUCACUUGAGGUCAGGAGUUCGA